GGCGAACAUUUAAAAUCGCACCUCUGUCAAACUGAUUCAUUGAGUUUUUUGUUCCUGAAAUAGCAGCACACACUCAUUUUAACUUGAAUUGUGUGAACCAGACCAGUAGUUUGAAAUACCGGGUUCACCAAGGUUAAAACUGUAAAUUUGGUUAAGUUCAUUUUGGUUAAUUAUAUAAUAAUAUAUAAAAAGUCAACCAAUUUUUAAGUUGGCCACAUUCUGGAAUCCAUUAGCCUACUAUGCUAGGUACAAAAAAAAAAAAAAAAAAAAAAAAAUCGCGCCUUUUCUUAUAAUUCUGACUUUUCCCUCGCAUUUCUUUCUUCCGUUUUCCCCCUAGCAAUUCCGAGUUUAUAUAUGAGGAAAAAACAUUCAGAAUUGUGAGAUAAAAAGUCUCAAUUACCCAUUUUAAUUUUUUAUUCAACAAGCUUCCAUACAUUUCGAUUAAUAGCCAGUAGUAUUGGCUAGAAUAUCUCAGGUCAUAUCAGUAAUAGUUUGUGCAGUAUUUCUCAUACUUGUAUUGUGACACACUUCCGGGUUGGCUGAGCUGCAUUUUUGCACGAACGUCUACAGAAAAAGUCUACAGUGUCGUCGAAUUUCUGUUCUUUUCACAGCAGAAAUCAAACUGUCUGAAAGUGUACAGUGCGGCAGCUCUGUAUAUACACAGGACAUCGCAAAGCCUAUAUAAACAUGCCCACCAUGGAUCAUAAAGAAGAAGAACAGGAAGAGAUGAAAAGGAGGACGACACUAAAAAAGAAUUCAGCGCACAAGCCUCAUUAUUGCUCAAAGUGUGGGAUGAGCUUCAGUGUGAAAACGCGGUUCACGCGACACAUGCGCAUUCACACCGGAGACAAGCCCUACCGCUGCCCGCACUGUGACAUGUGCUUCAGAUCGCAAGAGAAUCUCUCCGAACAUGCACGCAAACACACCGACGACAGACCUUAUCACUGCCCUCAAUGUGGCAAGGGCUUUGUACGACCAGGAAGACUUGAAAUCCACAGGAGAAUCCACACUGGAGAAAAGCCACAUCACUGCGCUCAGUGUGAGAAGAGCUUCAAGAGCACGGAGGAGCUGCAGAGCCACGCACUCAUACACGCGGCAGAAAGGAAUUACCACUGCUCUCAGUGUGAGAAAGGCUUCAGAAGAAAGGGUCAGCUGGUCAGACACAUGCGGAUACACACCGGAGAGAAACCCUAUAGGUGCACGCGGUGCGAGAAGUGCUACUCACGGGCAGAACACCUCAGAGAGCAUCAGAUCAGAGCUCACCAAAACGACACACACAUCCACUGAGAGUGUCCAAAGACCAAUGUGCAGCAGAGAAACCACAUAUGUCAGAUUGGCAAAGCUUAAAUGAGUGUGUGGGUGAAGAGUGGUGGGAGUUGGCAUACAAGUUGUUUCUUGAAAGCGAUCCAAAAGGGAUGAUUCUGAAUCAUUCUGAAUUAUAUUUGAAGGGGCGAUAAAUGGAAUGAUUAUGGAUUCCGCUACGAUACACCUGUUCCUCCUACUGGGACAUUCCGUGAUGUUUCUAAAAAGGCUAUUUUGGUGGUGAUCUCAAGAGCAAGGAGAAUGAAUUGGCACAAUUGGAAGGAUCUAGAUCAGCCAUCUUCUAAAUCUGAUGUACAGGAUCUGGACGAAAAGGACAAGAAACUUAUAAACUGUGUUAUUGACCUGAUCUAUAAAGAGGAUGGCAGCCCUAGACCAUUUAAUAGAUACUAUUGAUCAAUAGUGUCUGGCUCUGAACUAAAUGUAAUUUGCAUUACUAUAAUAGUAUGUAUGGUUAUUCUGUUGCAUGCUCUAAUUAAAAUUAAUUGCAUAUAUUUACUGUGUAGAGACUAAAUAUAUGAGACAGUAUUAUGGCUUUAAUUUUGUUAAAUGGUUAUGUUAAUAAAAUCUUAUUUCUUAAGCAUCA